AUGAAAAAGCUAAGAGCCAAAUUAAGAACCCCAUUGCCAGAAUCUGAUAUGAUUAGAAUAGUCAAGAGAAAUUUACGUCCGGAACUUUCCCACAUUAUAUAUUCAAUGAAGACAUAUACGAUUGACCAAUUGAGGGAUGAGUGUAAAGAACUAGAAAAGGAUUAUUUGAGAAAGGAUAAAUACUCACUACCACAAGCAAGACCAUCACAACCAACUCGUCGACUGUAUCCCGUCAAUGAAGUAUUUCUCGAAACGACAACAGAAAAUCCAAUAGAUAACGACCUAAUGGUAGUGGAAGAAAUUAAACAUAAAAAGGGUUCCGAAAAUGUCGUUGCAGACACUUUGUCAAGAAUAGUUGAGGAAAUCCUUAUGCCUGAAGAUGUAGUGGGAUUUGAGACAGUGGAAUUUGAAUCUGAGGAUUAUUUAGAGUUAAUUAAAAUUACAUUUACGAAAUUACAUAAGGAACUGCGAAACCUUUGGAAACGUUUGGUUAAUAAUAACAAUAAAAUGCCACCACCGAGGCCACGCAGCAUUGGAGCUCCAAAUCCGAAUACACCGAUGUCUGAAAGACAACAAAUGGCCCUAUUAAUUCAGAUGACAGCUUCUUCAGUCACCGAUAAUUCACGCUCAUCUCAAAAAUCCAAGGAACACAAAAAAGAAGAAGAUUUCGAGGAAUCCCACAUUACAGAAAAACCCGAGACUAAAGAGAAGCCUGAAGAAUUAAAUUCUGAAAAUAAAAAGGAUACAAAUAUCGACAUAAUUAACACAUCAGAAGCUUCUUCGUCCAAUGUAAUGAAACGUAAUUUCUCAGAUUUAGAUGAAGAAGAAUGUGAGGACGCUGAUGAAGUGAAGAAGAAGAAACGGAAAGAGACUGAAGUUUUAAAAGACAUAAAACAAACAGGAAAUCAACGUAUUCCAAAUAGAGUGGACAAAUCAUUUAAACAAAAUAACUCAAAAACUAGUUCGGCAAUAAAUAAAAACAGCAAUACAAAUGAUAAAGAUGAUAUAUUAAAAAAUAAACCACAAGAUUCGGAAUUCGACGAUGAUGAUUCAAAAAGCGAUUCCCUUUGUAGUGGAGGUUUGAAAGUACCACCAUUAAAAAUUGUUAUUCCCCAACAAAACUGCGCGAUUGACUCUGAUUGUAAUGGUUCUCGUACGGGAAAGUUGAAUACGACGAGAAACCCAGCAUUACCAUACGUUGUAGCAUCUAACACUGACUCGAAUGACCGAGACGUUUCAACAACCAACACAAGCCCUCGAGAUAGUCCAAUAAAGCUUAACCAUACAUGUGCUAGUGGCGAUGAAAAAAAUUCUAAGCUAAAUGAAGAAAAAAACUUGAGGGUUUUGAGAAGUGCGCACAGAGUGGGAUUAUCGGCUACGGAUAGAAAUUCAAAUAAUUCUUCGCCACAAAUUCCAAGUAAUUCACCUUCCCCGGCAUCAUCAAACGCUAAUGAUAUAGUGGACAACAAAACCAUUCAAUAUUCCAAUAACAAUGGAAGUCCAAUACAUCAAAAUAUUUCCUUUGACCAUGAUAAUAUAUUAAACCUACCGAGUCCAUCUACUUCAUCUACUUCAUCAUCUAAAGAAGCUUCUGCAAGUAAUGUUGAAUUACACCCCAGAAAGCGAAAAAUAAGGUCAAAAACAGAAGAAGUAAAGACAAACACAGGGAAUAACGAGAUUGUUUUAUGUUCGGAUACACAUCCACAUGAUUUACCGUUUACUAAUUGUUUUCAAAUGUAUAUGAAUAUACGCAGACAAAUAGAAAAAAAGUGGAAAAAUGCAUUUCUUGUCAAACCAAGGCCGCCGCAGGGGUUUAACGAAUAUUUGUUAAAUACAAAAAAUUAUAUGCUUCAAUCGAAGCAAAACGUCGAAUCACCAGAUUUGCCAAGAAAUAUAUCUUCUCAAAUGAAAGACAUAUAUUUAAUUCAGCAAAAGGAUCGCUUGGAAUUAUACUAUCGACAUAUCGUGGAAAGAGAAAAAUUGUGCUUAAAUGUAGAACAAGAAAUCCUGAGAAUCCACACGAAAGCAGCUAGAAAUAUGGCAUGUCAAUUGUUACCCUUCUCCGCUUGUUCAUAUAUGAAGGAUGACGAAGUUUACAAUAUGCUAACACAUGACCAAGAGGACAAAGAAAAAAAUGCACGUUACAGAUACAACGGCAGAUUACUACUAAGUUGGCUGCAAGAUGUUGACGACAAAUGGGAAAAAAUUAAGGAAUCUAUGGUUCUGCGCCAUCAUAAUGAAGCUGAAAGCCUGCAUGCAGUUCAAUUAAUGGAUUGGGAACUUGCACUUAAAAAAUAUGAACUCAUUGAUCUCGAGAGACAGCAUAAAAUUGAUAGUGAACAUGUUCCAAUAGUUCAUGUUAACGACGAUUUCGAUUUAUUACCCGCUUGA